GUCUGAAGUCAAAUUUGAACCCAGUUCCUUCUGACUCCAGGGCUAGUGCUCUAUCCACUGUGCCACCUAGCUCCCCACACACUUGUGAGACAAAGACAGCAGCUCAUUUUUCCCAGAAUUUACACUGGCUAUAGGCAAUAAAUAUCCAUGCUUUUUUUUAAUUUUUGAAAACUUACUUUAGUAUAUAUACAUAGUAAGGUAAAGGUAAUUGUCCUCACAGUUACAAUAAAUACUUUUUGUUGACCAACUUUUUAAAAGAAGGUGAUUUUUACAAAAAAGAAAAUAAGUAAUUUCCUUCCACUAGAUUUCACUUUUUAAAAUUAGAAAUUACCCUGAGCCACUUAGGUUUUAAUAUAGCAAAUUUAUGUGUGUUGAUAAUCUUAUCUAAAAACAUGAUAACAGUAGGUCUUCAGUGUAGUGAGCAGUUUAUAUGUAGAUAUACAUAUUUAGUAUAUCUUCUAAACAUUUUUCCAGCUAAAUUUUAUGGCUGCUUAUGAUUGUCAUUUCAGAAUUAUCCAAUUGAUUGGGUGACCUGAUUUGCAGCCAAAAUAAUGCAAAGUGGGUAGAUGCUUAAGUGGAGAAGACGGCAAGAAAUCUCUGCUAAAUCAUGAUUCAGGGCUUAUUAUUCUAGUAAUUCAUAACUUGGGCAGAAUUUUAUUUGAUUUCAUUAUGGAUUGGGGAAGAAUUUGAUUUAAAUUUAUUUGUCCUAAUUUAAAUCACUCAUUGGGAAGACUAAUCAUUUGUCUUAACAAAAAGUGCCUUUGAUAAAUUGUGAUUGAAGCUUUGAUAACUUUUCAUAAUCAGUAAAUUUACUUCUUAAGAGAAUUUAGCUAUUGUACAGUUUAAAUAUGUCAGUAGAGCUAUGAUAUUAUUUUGAUAACUCCAUUGAGACGGCUGGCAAUCUUACCAUGCCUUCUAAUUCAUAAUUCUAAUUCGUUAUCUCCCAUAAAUACUACAAAGAGGUUUGCUGUUAGUCUUCCUUUUGAUCUUUUUCACAUUUUGUAGCUAUAGUGUCCUAUCUUUUUUAUCACUCUUCCUCACUAUAUGAUUAACUAUUCCUUUUCUUUUGAUCAUAUACCUUUUAAAACAUUGACUUAUUUUUCUUUUUAAAAAAAUUUUAACUACCUUAAAAAAUAAUUAUUUGCCAAUGCUUAAUGAAAUAAGUUUGAAGUAACUGGGGGAGAGAAGGGGUUGAAGCCUUUCCAGAUUAAUAAUUUCAUUUCAAUUCAUAAAUAUUUUAAAAUCGAUUAUAGUGUAUAGCCACUGGGGAUGUAAAAAGACGAUGAGUGUGGGGAAUAUAUCAUGUUCUCAGAAAAAUGAAGGUAAUUUGAAACGGGAAAUUUGUGCAUAUUUUUGCCACAGUAUUUUAGGGAGAUAAAAGGAUACAAGAAUGCCAAGAAAUAUUAUGUUUAAAAGAAAAAGUAGAUAAGCUUUCUUGUAUUACAAGCAUGUAUGAUUGUCUUUAAAAUAUUUUUUAAAAAUAUUUUAAAAUUGAGCAUAUGACUUAAACAUGUAGUGUUCUUUUUAUUCAUAGACUAGCAAUAAUUAGCAUAGCACUUUUAUUUUUAAAUUCCUAAAUGAUUCCUCAAUUUAGAAUUCAGUGAGAGAAAAUGUAUUUUUCUAUUCAUGCAGGAGAAAAGUUCUUCAUAGCUGGAUUGUACUUACUCUUAUUCCUUCAAACAUUUAUUGAAUGCUUACUAUGUGCAAAGUGCUGUGGAGAAUACAUAGAUGAAUCAGGCAAAUUUCUGAACCUCACAUGAAGAACUGGCCAUAACUUUUUCAAAAUGCAAAUGACAGACACCUUUUUAAAUGCUAGUUAAUUUUGUUCUCUUCCUACCAAGUAUGGAUGAGAGUGGCAGCUUGGUGUAAGUGAAUAUUGUUGGAGUUGGAGUCAGGAAGACCUGGGUUCAAAUUCUGCCUCUGACAGUCACCUCUGACCAUGAGAGAGUCACUUAACUUGAGCCUUGAGCAACUCUGUAAGAUUUAGAUAUAGGACACAAUGUUUGCAAGAGGAAUAAAGAGAAAAUGUUUUGAUGGUGAAGAAGAUAUUGAAGGAACCCUGGCUGGUUUUAAGUCUGUUCCCUCAUAUAAUCUUCAGCGGCAAUCACUUUUAGACAUGUCUCUGGUAAAGCUUCAGUUGUGUCACAUGCUUGUUGAACCUAAUCUGUGUCGAUCGGUUCUUAUAGCAAACACUGUAAGACAGAUUCAAGAAGAAAUGACCCAGGAUGGAACUUGGCAAGUGAUAAAUGCUCAGAAUACAGGACAGGCUUCUCUUGAUCGCCUAGUAUCAUCAGAUAUCCUUUGUCGUUCAACGAAAGAACAGGGUGAAGGGAAACUUGUCCCAAGUUAUAGUAGUUUCUCAAAAGACUUUGAAGACAUCCAGUCCCAAGAUAUUAUUUCCGACCUGUCCACAGUUGCAUCAGUACAAGCUCCAAGAAAUCCUCAAAGUAAUGUUUGGGAAAUGGAGAACCCUCAAGAAAAUAGGGGAAACUUUCAGAAGUCACUAGAUCAAAUAUUUGAAACAUUGGAGAACAAAAAUCCUAAUUCUGUAGAAGACUUAUUUUCAGAUGUUGACAAUUCUUACUAUGAUCUUGAUACAGUAUUAACAGGAAUGAUGAGCAACACAAAAAUGGGACAUUGUGAUGUGCUUGAGAGCUUUUCAUCUCAAACAACCACAAAUUCUAACUCAAAUUGUAAAUCUGAUAUAAAUGAGCUUGACCAUAUUGUGGAAAUCCUUGUUGAAUCUUGAAAUGGUUAAAUACAAAGCAUGAUUCUUUGAAGAAGUCAAGAACUUUGAAAAAACACGCCUUCAAAUAGUUUACUAUCAAAUAUAUAUGUAAUCUACAUAAAAGCUAAAAAGCACUUCAUUUUGUGAAAUAGUGUUAUCUUUAAAGCUAACAUGCUACUUGCCUUUUGACAGUUUUGGUUUGUCCACUGAAAUUUAAAUAUAUACUCUAACAAAUAGUUGCAGGGUAUGACGCUUCCAAGGUUAGGCUUAAACUUUUUCUUCCUCAAGGCAGAGGGGAGACUGGUACAAUGGCUUCUUGACUUUUCAUUUAACAUUUUUUUCAGGGCCUAUACUUAAAUUCCCAGUUGCCCUGAUUCCUUUACCUUUCCUCUUUCUUUUUCAGCUACGAUCACCAGCCUUCAACUUUAUUAGUCUAGAUAGAUUUUUUUUAUUAGUUUUGUAUGUUUUGGGCAAUAUUUUUGCGUCUUUAAAAUAUAUUUUUGAAAUUUUUUAUACUUUUAUCAGUUUUUAGAUUUUCCAGCUAUUUUCCUAAAAGUAUAUUUUUACUAUAAAUGUCCUUUCUGCUGCUACUUCAGUAACUUUUUCCAUAGCAUAAACACUUGGAAUUGGUGUUUUCCUGUUAAAAUUUUAAAAUAAUUUUCAUUUUUCAGAACUAUAUUUUAUAGUUCAGUAAACUGUAAAUAUACAACAUGCUUUAAAUUUCAUAAUCGUGUAGUUCUUUAUUAAAGUUGAGAAACUUGUAUUGCUUUUUAUACGUGAGCAUUGUUAGAAGGAAAAAAAUACUGAUCCAUAGAUACAGUUCUAUUAAAGCCAUGUUUCAAGUUAAUUCUGAAUAUAAAUUAUGUAGGGUUUUAUUUAUGUAUAUUUAUAUGUAAAUGUCAUCACAGUGAAUUGUUUAUCAUUGAAGUCUAGGGUCAGAUUUGUUUAUGUGGGAAAACUCUUGCACUAAUUACUAAGUAAAGUGUUAUUGGGGCCUUUGAAUCUUUAUCAUUGUGUUCUUUUAUCUAAAUUAGUAUGUUUUACUCCAGUGUAAGUUUUCUGUGUGUCUGUUCUUCCUCUGAAAGAUGUUGCUUAGGUCUUUUAUCUACUUUAAAUAAGAAAUACAUUUGUCAUAGAGUGUGUUUAAUAAAUAUAUCAAGGGAUCUGUUUAGCAAAGCGUAGCUUAAUAUUAUUAGAAUGAAAGUCCAAUUUUACUGUAUUAAGCUGGGCCUGGAAUUUUUCUUUUAAAUCAGACUGUAGUCUGCUUGAAAUAGAUUUGUGUACAUUUGGCUAUGGCACCUCAUCAGAUUUUGAAAAAGAUAAAAGUCAGUAUGGAGGAUGGAGUAACAGAAGUAAAAUUGGAAAGACUUGGGAAAUGGAAUCUGGACUGCUUAAGUGCAAUGAGGAACAAAGAAGUUGAGAAUCAGGGAAGGACUUUUUUUUUUCCAAAGACAUAUUCCUUUCUUCAAGGGGAAAAAAAAGCUUCCACAUUUCUUGUCUUAAACUUUUUCUCUUCCCAUAUAGAUUGGUAUAAAUGUCACUUCUAAUACUUUCUCAGAUUUCUUGUGCAUUUGACUAAUAAGUAUUUUAAUAUGAAUAUUCAAAGAAUUAUAAAAGUUUGUGGGAUUUUUUUAAGAAAAAUGCAAUUAAACAUAAUUGGCAAAAUUCUAAAAUGUGGAUUAAGAUUUAUACCAGAAAGUGGUAUAAUUGUGUGCAUUGGAGUCUUAUUUCAUGAUCUUUAAAUAAUGAUUUUUAAAAAAUAAAA